AUGACAACAGCUGAUCAAAAGAUUGCUAUUAUGAAACAAAUCACAAAAUUCUUUUGUGACGAACCCCUAUCCAUUAUGUUCCUUAAGCCAUUAGAAGAAGAUAAAAAGCUUACAGGUGAAUAUAAGAAUCGAAUUAAAAAACCAAUGGAUUUAACUACGAUUAAGAAGAAAAUAAACAACAACCAGUAUUCGGGAUUUCAACCCUGGAUCGAAGAUAUGAAUCUAAUAUGGGAUAAUGCAGUAGAAUUCAAUUCUGCGGAUAGCGUCAUUGGAGGUGUUGCAAUCUAUCUAAAAAAGAAAUUCAACAAGCGCAUUAUGUCAAUAAAUUUAUCUAAUCUAAGAAAUUACGAACAGCAGAUAAUAAAUCUUACAAAAGAUAUACAAAACAUAUUACAAAACCCACCAGCUUCAUUCGGCAUCAGCCAAACAACACCUCUUUCUCCUAAAAUUGAACAAUUUUCACUCAGCCGCGUUCAAAAAUUACUUGAAAGUGUCCAAAAGUUGAUGGAACAGGGCAAAUCAACUGAAAUUAUUAAUAUUAUUAAAAGUAAUGAACCAGGAUUCGAAGCUGAUCCAUCAACACCGAUUGAUUUUGGAGAAUUCAGCAGAAAGACUCUCAUAGCUUUAGAAGAAUUCGUCGCAAGCAAUACACAAGUGUGA